AUGCUUAAUGAUUGUGCAAUACUGCCACCGGAUCUCGAUUCCCCAAAGGAUUACUUCAAGUUUCUACAAGUGCACUGGGAAAUUAUAAAGGUGGCACCGAAACAAGUCCAAGAGUACAGGACCUCUCUCCAAUUUCUAGUGAAAAUGGUAGACAUGCUAGAUCAACCAUUGAUGGAGUUAUUAUGGAAGCUGGCGGAUCACAACAAGCAAGUGGAUCAUCGGCCUCGCAGAGCCGAGAUGUUUGUCCUCGAGCUAUACUACAGCGAUUCUAAAUUAUGCGGUGACAAACAAGUUGCAACCAUUAGAGAGGCUUUCAAUUUCCUAAAUGAAUUCUUCAAAUCACCAGAGCCACCAUUGUUCAUGGAGUACAGAGAAAAACAUGCAUUCAUACGCAUUGAAGCUUUACUAAGAAAUGAAGGACAGUUAACAGAAGAUAUGAUCAUCAAAUUACUGAUCGAUGAUAAUUCCAGCCUGAAGUUCAAGCAAAACUAUCGCUUAGAAACUCUUGAGAGGAUUUUGAUAUUCCUCAGAGCAUUGCUCUUAGAUCCGCCAAAACAUGACUUUGUGGAGGAUAAAGAUGUAUCACAAGUUAAUGAAGUACUUGACAGAAUUUGGAAUCAUCAGCCAAUUGAAAUGAAGAAAGAGUUGCUGCCGUAUUUGUCCAAGAUUAUCGAGCUCAACUUAGUUGAAACUAGUGUGAUCCACUUUGUUGGCUUUGUCUUGGCAGAUUUGAAGAAGGUUUUGACUGAUAAGUAUGUUAUUUUAUCUCUUGAAAAAGAUCAAGUUGAACCGUUGCUAGAGGAAUUGGAGGUGUUGAUAUCUUCCUUCCGAGACGUGAACAUGCAGAAGAAGGAUCUUUUAGAGGAGGAGCAACAUGUGGUAAGCCUGAUACAUGAAGCGGAAUAUAUCAUUAACAUAUUUGUAGCCGGAGAUAUUUCUAUAUGGUACUACCAAACAGUGAUUUUCAAUAUCAUUGAAGAAAUAAGGCUUAUCAAGGCCCAUCUCCUAGAGUGCUGUGUUCAACCGCCUUUGGGGCGUAAGGCACCAGAAGUCAGAAACCUAGAAAUUGAUGAAUUUGUAGUGGGGUUUAAUGAUCAUGCUAAAGUUAUCGUGGGCAAACUUACAACUGACAGUGAAAGUUGGGAUCUAUUGGAGAAGAAGUUGUUUCCUAGAGGAAGCUGCCUUGACCAUUUGCAAGAAGUAGGAAUGCUCACUGCCAAAAAAUGCAAGGGUUUUCCAGUUGCAAUUGUGAUCAUAGCUGGUGCUCCUAAUAAUGUUUAG